AUGCACCUGUGUCUCUGUCUCCCCCUGCUGGUGGCGGGGGUGCUACUGCAGCCAGCUCUGUGUCUCUACAACUGCUCCUCUGAGUAUGAGAGGAUCCCAGACAAUUCGGACUUGAUCGUCGUCUGCGGCGCCAGCUCCAUCGCCCUGCAGAUCAACCUGUGCACGGCCCAGUGGGCCGGCUUCAACACCACGGACCUGGCUCUGAACGGGAACCACAACACCACACAGUGCCACGGCUCCAUCGACGCCGGCGUGGACCCUCCCGUCCUCCGGUACCAGCUCCCCGUUAACCACAGUCUGGAGAACCCCUGCCGCCAGUCUCUGCAGAUUGUGGAUGAGACCCCGGAUCCCACGGGUCCAUUCAGCAGCUUCUCAAAAAUCCAGUCGGUCAUCAUCACCGGGUUCAUUGACACGCCCAGAUCUGACCAGGGCUUGAUCAGCUACUCCACUGACCUCUACUAUCACUUCUCCUGCCGCUACCCGCUGGAGUACCUGAUCAACAACACGCAGAUUGUGGCCUCCUCAGUUUCCGUGGCGACCAGCGAUAACAAUGGCACCUUCAUCGACACGGUGCAAAUGAGUGUUUUUAAUGACUCUGACUACGGGUACCCGCUGGUGAUCCCGUCUACAGGACUGGAGCUACGCACCAGGAUCUACGUGGAGGUCAAGGCCGUUAACCUCACAGGAAAUUUCAACGUCCUGCUGGACCACUGCUUCGGCACGGCCACCGCGUACAACAUGUCGCAGACUGAGCAGCACGACUUCUUCACAGGCUGUUCUAUCGACCAACGGGCGUCUGUGACGAGUAACGGCCGUUCCAAGGUCGCCUGGUUUAACUUUGAGGCCUUCCGUUUUGUUCGGGACCGCGACCAGGCGACAUCCAGCAUCUACCUGCACUGCAUCCUGAGACUCUGUGAGCCCGGCACAUGUCUGGAGAUCCUGUCUGCCUGUCAAAACAGAAGAAAAUGAUCUUUGACUCCUUUCGGAUUAUUAAGCAACGAAUCUGCCACCGUGUCAGUUGGACCUCUGUACACCGCUGCCGCCGAGGAUAGGCCAUAUGCAGCUGGUUACAGUAACGACGUGGCGUCCGAGAGCGGCGACGUGAACGCGACGGUCCUCGUCGUGGGGCUGGUGUUCGGCUUCGCUGGCGCCGCCCUGCUGGUUCUGGGAGGCUGGUUCGCCCUGAAGAAGUUCUAUUGGGCGGGAGGAUCCCUCCGUGCCUUUAACUGACUGUUUAUCAAGCCGAAAAUUAUCUUAUUAUCUUUGUGUUUAUUGUGAGAACAUAAGACAACGAUACGGGUUGUCAGCCACAAUCAAAUAUUCUUGUGAGGUGACCUUGGGAUAUUUACUCUUCUGUGUAUAUUGAUAUGAAGGAACAGCCACGCCCUGAACUAUACGGGCUAAAAAAGAAACAUAAACGAUGUAAGCAUUUUAAGAACAGUUCAUUUUAAUACGAUAUGUUAUCAUUUUUUAAUGCUUUGCAAGUCCGCCAACUGACAGUCUUACCACAUGUUAUAGGUAUCAUACAAACAGUUAUAUACAUAUAAACACACGUAUAUAUAUAUAAAUAUAUAUACAUAUAUAUAUAUAUAUAAAUAUA